AUGGCAGGCAAAGCUUUUGGAAAAGCAAUAGCAAGUAAGACCUGUAUCGCCGAGCUGGACCUGAGUUGGAACCACUUACGGCAACGGGGAGCAGUUGGAUUUGCUAAGGGUCUCGAUAAAAAUAAAUCCAUUGAGUAUUUAAACAUCGGUUGGAACGGGUUUGCUUUCGAGGGAAGCGUUGUCCUUUCCGACGUGUUACGUCACAACACGACGUUGGAGAAGCUCGAUGUCUCGUGCAAUCGCAUCCACCCACCGGCACUGCUCGAGUUCAUGAAGGGGCUGCUAAAUAACAAGACACUGAAAGUGCUCAUAUUGGACCGGAACCCCAUCACGCCGUCGUUCGCUACUGUGCUGUUGGAAGGGAUACAGAAGAACGCCAGCAUGGCACUGGAGCAACUUAGCAUGCAGUCAAAGUUCUGA